AUGUCCGCUCCUGGAACUGGUCCGACGCCGAACGCCUCCGCAAGGCCCUCCCGUGGCUCGAGCAUAGGCCGACUAUCGGUAUCCGAGCGUCGUCGGUCCACUGCCGGCAUGAAUCUGAACCUAAACGAGAUGCAUAGCACAGGUCAAGCUAGCGAUUUACUUGCAUUAGACCACCGCGACCAUCGCGGCUCGAUCGGACAAGCAUUCCGCACAGCCAGCCCGUCCAGCCAUGGUGGAAGCCCCGUAUUCGCGACUGCAGAUCCCCAUCACCAGCGCGCACCAUCGUUGGGAGAGCUACACCAAGAGCUGGAGCAAGAACAGGAAGCACAAGUGAAUCGUCUGCUCCAGAUGAUCCGAAGCCAGCAGGCCCAAUUACAGCAAUACCAGCAGCAACAGAACCCACAAUCAUCUGCCGCAAUCGAUGACACAACCCCCGCAUCCGAACGAUCGGCCUUCUUCCCACCUGGCCCGCCACCUCCGGCCAGCAACAGAUUAUCGAUCUCAUCUUCAUUCUCAAACCGCCGAAACUCGCGACCUUCAAGCCAGGCAACGUCACCGAAUCUGCGACCGCUAGACUCACGUGGGCCGGAGGGUGUGGAGCCAUUUCCGGGGUUGCAUAGUCCAUCUCGGCGCGGCAGCCGGGACGAGAGUGCCUUUUACCAAGCCGAAGCUAGUUCAUUGAGCCGAGAAAAUGUGCUCCUGCGGCAGCGGAUCCGGGAACUAGAGAGACAAAUCAGCAGCUUGACAACUUCCCAGAGCGCGUCCUCCGCAACAACUACUUCGGGCAUUUCCCCCGGGCAAGCGGGGACCGAACAUGCGGACCCGCCUGCCGAUGAUAUGAUUGAUACAGGCGAUAAUAACCCGGAUGUCAGCCUACUACUUCAAUACUCUACGAUGCAACACUACGAAGAAUGA